AUGGCAAAAACAAAACAAGCAAGCAAAGUAGCACCAAAGAAAGCAGCAGUUAAGAAAGCAGCACCAAAAAAAGUCAUUACCAAGAAGGCAGCAGCUCCUAAAAAGGCUGCAGUCAAGAAGCAAGCAGCAAAGCCAAAAGUUGAAAAGAAAGAAGAAGCUAAAGUAGAGCCAACUCCUGCUCCUGAGCCAGUUGUAAAGGCCACUCCAAAGAAAACCCCUGCUAAGAAAGCACCAAAAUCUUCAGGGAAAAAAGUUCCGCCAAAAUCCCCUAAAUCCCAAAAAUCUCCUAAAUCACCAAAAGUUGCACCAGCACCUGCCCCGAAAGUAGAUGAGAAAAAGACACCUGCAAAAGCUGCAGACAAAUCGCCAAAGCCAAGCGCUAAAAAAUCUGAGCCAACACCAAAGAAGACCACAACCCCUAACUCCCCGUUUAAAUUGGAACAAAAUAUCGAUAAUAUUUCCAUUUUUUGAGUACUUUAACCCCUUUAAAUCGGAGCAAUUUUUUAUAAUAGAUAAUUUUAUAGGUGAAUUAAUAAUUUUAUAAAAUUAGAUUUGACAAAGUUAAUAGAAAAAAAUGCAAUUAGAAUAUUAUUUAAACAGUUUUUUUAUUAUUUUUUUUGAAUUAAUAAAAUAAAAAUAUUGUUUUAAUUUAUAUUUUUUAAAAAUAUUAACCCUUUAAAUUGAAACAGAAUUAUUUAACAGGGGGGAGUAAGAAAACACCAGUAAAGACACCGAAAAAGACCCCAGGAAAGUCAGCAAGCAAAGCUUCAGCUUCAAAAAGUGUUAGGUCUUCAGGAAAAGCUAUUAGUCGGAGAAGAUAA